AUGUCCGACAAUAUGCUAGCUAUCCCGCCUGGCCUCCCCGAAAAUGUACGAGACUGGAAAAGCUCUCAGGUGCUUGAGUUUUUCAACGCGAACAGCGAGCAAUAUGAUCUCGUUGAACAAGACAUCAAAAUGAUCGGGGAGAACAGAGUUGGGGGUAUUGCCCUCCUCAGACUGACUACAGAAGAACUUCGCGGCAUUGGGCUUCCCCUCGGUCCUGCUGUAGCCACUGCAGAGCUUAUUGACGAGCUCAAGAGAGACAAAGGAGUUGAGUCUGCUAGGGAAAAUAAUGACAAAGUCCUUACACAGCUCGAAAGAAUUGAGAAGAAAAUUGAAGAUUUUAGGAAAGAUAAAUCUGCAAUACAAAUCUCAAGCAUAAACACAGAAUACUUUACAAAGAUCAUUGAGUAUAUCAGUCUUGAUUAUGAAACAACAACCUUUGAAGCAGAAGGCCUUGACUUAAACUUGAACAAGAGGAUUGGUCCUUUUCAAUGGUCAGCAGAAGCAGAAAGAUCACAAAGCAAUAGAUAUAACCCUUAUAUUACCAAUAAGAUACUCAAACUUGGUUCAUUUCAGCGACUUGGGUAUUAUGAUACAACCAAUGAUAAUACUUUCCUCACAACAAGUACUGACAUCAAGACUCUCUGGUACUAUGGAUCUAGUCAUACAAACACAUUGCAAAUUAUGACAGGACUCAUAGCAGUGGAUUUAAAGUCAAAAUAUACUGUUUUAGCAGUGUUAACUGAUUUGAUGGAUGACUGGCAUUUUUAUUGGCUUCGGGAUAAAAAGAUCAUUGGGCUCAAGCUUGAAAGGGUUAAUGCUGUGGCACUUUUACGAAAAAACAUUGAGUCAGCAGAGCGAGAGUUAGAGCAGCUAGGGAAGCAAGCAUCAUCUCAAGUGCAUGGUUGUCAAGAAUCAGAUCUAUCAAUUAUGAGCAUUGGAACAGUUUUAGAACCAGGCUUGCCUACUUCUGAGGUGGAACCAGUACCAAAAAGGCAGAAGUUUAGGCAUAUUGUUGGAUCCUCUAAU